UUUUACAUUAUGGAAAGAAAACGAAGAUUAAUUUAGGUAUAGCUAGUUUUUCUUUCUUUGUUUGAACAUAUACAUAGCUAACAUGUCAUCAUAUUAUGUAAUAGCAGGUAUGAAUUAAAUUUUGUUUUUUGUGGCAAUUUGCUGAUGGCAAGGAUGAAGCGAGCUGUUGACGUGAAAGAAACUGCAAAAUUAGAUAUUGAAAAGUUAUGCAGGUGCUUUCCAUCUCACAGGAUUUCAAUAGAUGAUAUUCGUGAGUGGAUGAAGGACGAAUCGACUUUUUUUGGUCGUGAAGUUGAGACUGAAGAAGAAGAUUGGAAAUGCAAGUACGUUAUAUACCUGGUCUUGUACGCUGAUCUUUACCAUCGAUGGAAUGGUUGCACUGAUCCAAGUGAACUGACUGUUCGAUUUAAUCAGAUGAAAAGUAUGUUCAAAAAGUUCAACUUGUUUCUAGAGAUAUUAAAGUCUUAA